GGCUGUCAGCGCCCCGCGGGCCUCGGCUUCUCUCCGCCCGGCUCCUCCUGACGCCGGGUGACCGCCCGCGCUGAGAAGCCCAGCGAGGUCAGUCCCGAACUGGAGUUCAACUUUCAGAAGAGAGACGACCCAGCAACUCUCUCGGGGAGUCCUUCAGCUCCUCACCUCCAUGGGCCAGACGGCCCUGGCGGGGGGCAGCAGCGGCACCCCCGCCCCACAGGCCCUGUGUCCUGACCUCUCUUGUCCCGAGGGCUUGGAGGAGCUGCUGUCUGCCCCCCCUCCUGAUCUGGGGGCCCAACGGCGCCACGGCUGGAACCCCAAGGACUGUUCAGAGAACAUCGAGGUCAAGGAAGGGGGGUUGUGCUUUGAGCGGCGGCCCGUGGCCCAGAGCACUGAUGGGGCCCGGGGUAAGAGGGGCUACUCGAGGGGCCUGCACGCCUGGGAGAUCAGCUGGCCCCCGGAGCAGAGGGGCACGCAUGCUGUGGUGGGCGUGGCCACGGCCCUCGCCCCGCUGCAGGCUGACCACUACGCGGCGCUGCUGGGCAGCAACAGCGAGUCGUGGGGCUGGGACAUCGGGCGUGGGAGGCUAUACCACCAGAGCAAGGGGCCCGGGGCCCCCCAGUACCCAGCCGGACCUCAGGGUGAGCAGCUGGAGGUGCCGGAGAGACUGCUGGUGGUUCUGGACAUGGAGGAGGGAACUCUGGGCUACGCUAUUGGGGGCACCUACUUGGGGCCAGCCUUCCACGGACUGAAGGGCAGGACCCUCUAUCCGGCAGUAAGCGCUGUCUGGGGCCAAUGCCAGGUCCGCAUCCGUUACCUGGGCGAAAGGAGAGCGGAGCCACACUCCCUUCUGCACCUGAGCCGCCUGUGUGUACGCCACACCCUGGGGGAUACCCGGCUGGGCCAGGUAUCUGCUCUGCCCUUGCCCCCUGCCAUGAAGCGCUACCUGCUCUACCAGUGAGCCCUGUGACACCACAGAUUGUGCUGGGGCCUUGCCACCACCCCUGCCCUGGGGAGGCGCUGCUAGCCCAGAUCAGCUACUUAAAGCCAGUGAGGCUGGGCCCCUACCCAAUCCAUGCUCUGGGGAUGGCUCAGAGCCAUUCAGAGGGUGGAAGGAGGGAGGUGAUAUUCAAGGCUGUGGCAGCCUGGUACGAAAGACAUUUUUUUCAAGUAAAAAUAAUGAGAGAUAUGUUGUUAUAGAAA